AUGCGAGCAUCCACAGACCGCGAUGGCACUAUCCGCGCUCCGUGCUCGCCCUCCACGCACGCGAAGGUGGUUGCCGUCUGGAGGAGCAACCCCUUGUUUCGUCUUCUGGUAUUCUUGGACAUUGUGGGGUUGCAGCCGCUUGUAAUUGGACAAGACCUCAUCGAUGAUGGUGCAUUUGUGGAUGUGGCGCGAACCUUUGGUGUCGGAAGUGUGGCCCACGUCAUCUUGUCGCGUGGCCUCCACGCCUUUAGCAGCAACAUCACACGUCUUUUUGUCGAUGAAGAGGAGCGGGACAAAGUCCUGCGGCUGGUUGGCAGCCCUGAUGAGCCCACUUCCUCUUUUAGUCAGGGUGUGCUUCUACCGACCUCAUUGGUGUCGUUUGUCGAUACAGUAGAGAAUGAUCUGCCGGUGUGGGUGGUCCUUCGCAUCAAGGAGGCUUUUGGACUGAUGGGUAGCGCGACGCCGCUGGCGGAACAGUUCCUCAUCGAUGCAGUUGAUGACUGGAUGAGUGGCCGGAGCCGUGAGGCAAACGAUGCCAUGGUGCUGGCGUGCGGAGUGCAGCCGGUGGUGCUGGAGUCGGCACGUGCCCGAGCUGAGGAACUUCCACACGCCGUGGAAGACUUCAUGGUUGAUGUGGUGUUCCCACCACCGCGUGUAAAGGGGGAAGCAGGGAGGAGUGACCUGAUUGAUUGGUUAAUUGUUUCGUACGAGAAGUGCUACGUGACAAUCAACGUUGACGACGAAGAGGAAGGUAAGGAGUCAACCAGCGAGUCCACCGCGAAGCGUUGGCGGACCGAGGAGGGCGAGUGCAGCGACGAGUUCCUCACGGAGGAGAAUCUCGACCGAUACAUGCGCGAACGGCCGUCGGUUAUUCCACGGCGGAUAUUGUGUGAGAAGCGGCGCCCGCUUCGUGACCCGGCGAUCACAGAGUUUGAGCUGCUGAACCACUACACAGCGAACGAGUUGUAUGCGUUCGUCAAGGAAGAGAUAAAAGAGCGACGGCGGCUGAAGAAAGCUGAAUGUGUUCGAGCCAUUCUGGAGUACCACGGUGCGACGAAGGUGGGGCCAUCUGCCACAGCGGCUACUGCUGGGAGCGGCAAUGAGGAAACUGCAUAA